AUGUCGACUACACCUCAAGAAACAAACUUUUCCAAAAAGGAAUACUUUAUCCGAUAUGCGCUCUAUACAAUCAGCCUGCUGGAGUCUCGCCUUGACGCCGCUGAUAACUCAUGGUUCCCUCUCUUGAGCAAGUAUGAUGAGGAGUUAGACAAGAGGGAGGAAGUACACAGCCAGCUGCGCCAAACAUGCCAUAAGGCUAGUGAGAUUUUAAAAAUAGCCCGCGAGUCAAAGGAUGCCCAGUUCAGAGAUAAUGUGCCAAAGGUGCUGACGAAACUUUGGAAAGAGGUUGAACCGACCUUUGAUGCCGAAGCAGCCCUUCUCAAUGGUAUUGGACCCAAGGUUCUGCAAGAGGACCUUGGCUGUAUCGAGGAGGAGGAUAAAAUAAGCCGUCUGGCACUAAUGAAAAAGGAUGGACACCUGUGGUGUGCGACGUAUCUCAUGCGCUCCCUGACUGUGGAAGAGCGGCAGCAAUUCCCCCCCGGUGUACCUUACAUAGCCAAGUCGGCGAUGCUUGCAGCAGGCAACUGUAAGUUCAGCAGAGAAUUCCAGUUUGCACCAAGCUUCACCUCGUCUACAGAGAAUAAUGUCUAG